ACCAACUAAUCAUUGGUUUUUAUUCACUUUCAAAUCGGGAAUAUGAUUGUGGAUUUUCCCAUUCAAAGCAUGCAGAGAAAUUUUGCAUAGGUUGUAUUCAGGCAUGUGACUCUUGAACGAAAGUGAACAAAGUGGUGGAUCGCCAAACCAACAUGGCUACUGUGCAGCAAACAGAGUGGGAACUAUCUGAGUACGCAAAGGGCCUAGAUCUUAUCAUGCCUAGAUCUUAUCAUUAAAAGAUACGAGCAAAAAAUGCAACCUCUGCAAUGGAAUCUAUCCUUAUACAUUAUCAAAAUAAGAUUUGUCGAGUGAUCUCAAGGAUUAUCUGUCAGCCAGGUUCAGAGACAUGUCGAACUAUCUGGUGCUCCAGAUGUCAUUCUACACGACAAAACCAAUGGAAACUUGGAAAAGCACGCAGGUCUACAACUUCUGUGUGUGUGGCUUGGUCAAGGACAUUGGUAUCAAGACUCUCCCGGAUAAAUGAUGCAUCGUUUUUGCUCCGCUGUCAGUCUUUAGAGGAUUAGAAGCAGGGAUUUCCAUAUGUUGAGCCAAUGAGAGUCGCCCAGGUGCCACCAGACAGACGUGACUGCAAGAAGACCUUGGUUGUAACUCUUGCGUCGCUGCAAGUGGAACAAAGGAGUCUGUUGCUGCUGCAUGGACAACUGUAUAGGAUUCGUGCAGGAGGGAUUCCAACAAUACAAUUCAUGGUUUAAAGAACACAUCUCGUUCAUCCGUUUCUCCUAAAUAUCAUCAUGAAAGGCACUCAUGCCUCCUUGUGCCUGCAUAUCCCCAUCACUGGGAUGAGUGCACAUGUGAGUCCAUCCCUCGGGGGCCUUGCUUCCCCUUACCAACUAAUCUCUUACUGCAAGGAGGAGGGUCCAACCAAACUUGUGGACACAUUCAGGCUUACAGAGUCUUCUGAGAUACUGUUGUUGAAAGAGUGGUUGCUGCUUUGCUCGGACUACCAGGCCUUCAAGAGCAUGGGCAACGAAGAGGGCAUGAGCAUCGAGGCAGAUCUUGGUAGUUUGCCAAAAUGCUGUGGGAUCGGAAGAAGGAGACUAGAGCGGCUAGUUUACCCUGGAACCCCUUUACUUCACAUCAAUGAGAUUCCCAGGUCUCCACAACUGCCUACAAACCCAAGAAGCCUGCCAAAGCUCUGGUUAACAUAUGAGGAGACCCAGGACUCAGAGGAAGAGUCCUCCUUUUGCUUGCCUGGCAAAGAAAGAGUGGCAAUAGGUCAUUCAAGCUUUGAUGUAAUGGACUUAAAGCCGUCAUUGAGAGUAGCCACAUUAUCCUCGCCAUAUGUCAGCAAGAACUGUCCGGUCUUUCACGGUGAGGAUGAAGGUGAAGAGUCUGGCUCAGAUACUGACCUCUCUGAAUAUGACGAAGUCUGUUCCCAUUUUGGUUUGGAUCCAAGGACUGAAGACGCAAACAGAAACCCAAAAGAGCAAAGGACGAACACUCAAAACAAGACAGUGGGAAUGUCCUCUGAGACAACCCCUGCAGCACAACGCGUUCAGAGCAAGAUCGAAGAGGUGGAAGACAUCAUCGGUCGAGUCAGUCUUACCAGUUUGGAGUGGGUCGAAAAGACUAACACAGCCAUAGAUGAACCUCAUUUAGUGGAUGGAAGAUGUUUGGACGAUGAGGUUCCGCAGCAUCUCCAAGACGGGCAGUGCAAGGUUCUAGUUGAUGAGCUCCGUUGUCUGGGUGAGGCCUUGAGUGAGAGUCUUCACCAAGCCCUGAGGAUGGAGGGAGACAGCAAAGAGUGGUGGACAAUACCAUACGGACAUACAGAACAAUCCAAAAAGAGUCUGUUGGAACCAACACCAAGACUACCAUCCUGUUGUCGGAACUAUUCCUCACCAAGCUCUCUGUCUACACAUCCAGAAAUGAGGUACCGGCCGUUGGCGUGUGAAACGUCUAGUAGCAUCACCCCAUCAGUGUACAACAACAAGCACAAAGAGGACAUCUACGACAGCCAUGCACUGUGGAGAAGGUCAGCCGGCAAUAGUUGGACUGAAAAGGAGGACCUAAAUUGUACCAAUCUAAGAAGGAGUGAGGAGAUACAGAUGCAGAGAGGCCUUUGUGAGGCUGAGGAUGACCAAGAUGACCUCCUAUCCUCAGAUGAAGCUCUCCUAAAUCAGAAAGACGUCUGGCAACAGGAGACGGAGGAGUCCCUCUCCUUCUGCAGGUGGUUCUCUCAUCCCUCCCGGCCCAAGCUCAUAGACUUCUUGCGGAUCACUGCCGUCGAGGACGAUAUCAGUGGGACGGCCACUCCAGUACCCCCAGAAUUUGGUUCAGAAGCCUCCAACCCAGUAGAAGGAGAACGAACGCCUGGACAUCUACAAGUCGUGUGGCCUCCACCCAAAGAGGAGAAAGUUGGUUUAAAGUAUACUGAAGCAGAGCACCAGGCUGCUCUUCUUCAACUGAAGAGAGAAUGCAAAGAAGAAGUGGAGAAGUUACAGGAGGACUUCUACUAUGAGUUCUCCAGACUGAGAGAAGAACAGGAGGCCAAAGUGUCCUGUCUGGAGCUGGCCGUGUCUGAGCUGCAGGCCGAGCUUGCCCAGGCGGGUCCCCUCAAACGUGGCGAGCUCAGAGACGUAGGCGUGUCCACGCAGGACGACGCGGGCCCGCAGAAGUCUUUCCGCACCGUCUGCGUCCAAACGGACCGAGAGAGCUUUGUCAAGAACGAGGACGACGUGAAGAGGAGAGACUGCCUGACCCCGCAGCACAGGGUGACGACCAAAAAACUAAACGUGGCAUCUGUCGGCGUGACCCUGGCAGGAGAGCCUUUGCCGUGUUUGUCACCAGCGGUGAACUGUAAACAAACUUCAAGCGUCACCGCACCGCCUCCGCCUCCGCCUCCACCUCCACCUCCACCUCCACCUCCACCUCCACCUCCACCUCCCGUGUCAGCAGCAGGUCCCCCACCUCCUCCACCACCUCCAUCCUUGUCUCAUCUAACUAUAGCAACAACCCCAUCUACAUUUGCGGCUCCCAGGAAACCUCAGGUGGAGCCUUCGUGCCCCAUGAAGCCUCUUUACUGGACCAGGAUUCAGAUUCAGGACAAGAAGAAGAACACUUUGUGGAAUGCGCUAGAAGAACCACAUAUCGUGAAUACAGUGGAGUUUGAGGAGCUGUUUGCCAAAACCAUCUCACGCCUGAAGAGAAAACCACUGGUGGAGAAUUAUGAGAAGAAAGCAAAAGCCAGGAAGAUCAUCAAGCUGCUGGAUGGUAAGCGUUCUCAGACUGUGGGCAUUCUCAUCUCGAGCCUCCAUCUGGAAAUGAACGAUAUCCAACAAGCUGUUCUGACUGUGGACAACUCUGUGGUGGACCUUGAGACUAUUGAGGCUCUGUAUGAGAAUAGAGCUCAACCAGAGGAGCUGGAGAGGAUCAAGACACAUUAUGACGCUUCCAAGGAGGAAGAGAUUAAACUUCUGGACAAACCUGAACAGUUUCUGUACGAGCUCUCGCAGAUUCCAGACUUCGCUGGCAGGGCUCGGUGCAUCAUCUUCAAGUCGGCCUUCAAUGACGGGAUGGCCUCCAUCCAACACAAGCUUCACAUUGUCUCCAACGUGUGUGAGGCUCUGCUGGAGAAGAGCGGCGUGAGGGACGUGCUCGGACUGGUGCUGGCUCUGGGCAAUCACAUGAACGGAGGGAGCCGGAUCAGAGGCCAGGCGGACGGCUUUGGCCUGGAGAUCCUUCCAAAACUCAAGGAUGUCAAGAGCAGGGACAACCGCAUCAGCCUGGUGGAUUAUGUGGUAUCAUAUUACCUGCACAAUGUGGAUAAGAAUGCCGGAACAGACAACAGUGGUUUCCCACUUCCUGAACCUCAGGAUGUCUUCCUGGCAGCUCAGGUCAAUUUUGAUGAACUCGAAGCAGAGCUGAGAAGACUUGGGCGAGACCUGGCAGGAUGUGAAAAAGACGUGCAGAAGGUCUGCUCGGACUCUCCUGAAGAACAUCUGCAGCCGUUUAAAGACAGAAUGGAGACUUUUCUUCUCGGUGCCCGUAAAGAACAUUCUGGAGCGUCCCAUCAGCUGAUGGCUGCACAUAAAAGUUUUCAGGACCUGUGUGUGUACUUUGGGGCGGCGGGAGACAAGGAAGUGACGUCUGGUCAUUUCUUCAUGCUGUGGUUCGAGUUUUGUGCCGACUUCAAGGCCAGGUGGAAGAAGGAGAAUAGGAACAUCUCUAAAGCCAGGUUGAAGGAGGCCCAGCUGUCAGUGAGGAAGAUCACAGCCGAGAAGAAAGUGGAGACCAGGAAGAUAAACACCAACAGUCUGAAAGAACGACUGCGACAGAAAGAAGCGAACACGACUUCUGCUUAAAGUUCUUGUUUCUACACUUUUAAAGCGGGUAAGAAUGUUAAGAUGUUGUCUAAAAGCAAUGCUUGGACCCAACAGUACCAAGGUUUGACACUGGAGACUAAUCCUGUUUCCAUUGUCUCUAAUAAACCUGAACAAGUAGGUUUUAGAACAGACUUUUUGGUCAGGACAGUUGGAACAUGGUCUCUGAGCCGGACCACCCAGUAGGCACAAGACAUUGAAACAAUGUUGAGAACUUGUUGAAUUAGGUCCUGACGCUGAGCAACUCAAACAUAACGUUGAAACAACGUUUAUUCAAUGUCGAGUUGUGACAUUGUUUUGGGACUAUUGAAAUUUGGUCAUUUCCCAACUAAUAUUCCACAACAGACAAUAUUUAAACAUGCUUUUUGACAAUGUUUAUUCAAUGUCGGGUUGUGACAUUGAUUUGAGACAAUUGAAAUUUGGUCAUUUCCCAACCAAUAUUCCACAACUCAAACAUAACGUUGAAUCAACACGCUUUUGGACGACGUUUAAUCAAUGUUGGGUUCUGACAUUGAUUUGACCAUUGAAAUUUGGUCAUUUCCCAACCAAUAUUCCACAACACAAACAACGUUGAAACAACAUGCUUUUGGACGACGUUUAAUCAAUGUUGGGUUCUGACGUUGAUUUGACCAUUGAUUUUUGGUCAUUUCCCAACCAAUAUUCAACAACUCAAACCUAAUGUUGAAACAUGCUUUUAGACGACGUUUAAUCAAUGUCAGGUUGUGACGUUGAUUUGACCAUUGAAAUUUGGUCAUUUCCCAACCAAAAUUCUAUAACUCAAACAUAACGUUGAAUCAACACGCUUUUGGACGACAUUUAAUCAAUGUUGGGUUCUGACAUUGAUUUGACCAUUGAAAUUUGGUCAUUUCCCAACCAAUAUUCCACAACACAAACAACGUUGAAACAACAUGCUUUUGGACGACGUUUAAUCAAUGUUGGGUUCUGACAUUGAUUUGACCAUUGAAAUUUGGUCAUUUCCCAACCAAAAUUCCACAACACAAACAACGUUGAAACAACAUGCUUUUGGACGACGUUUAAUCAAUGUUGGGUUCUGACGUUGAUUUGACCAUUGAUUUUUGGUCAUUUCCCAACCAAUAUUCAACAACUCAAACCUAAUGUUGAAACAUGCUUUUAGACGACGUUUAAUCAAUGUCAGGUUGUGACGUUGAUUUGACCAUUGAAAUUUGGUCAUUUCCCAACCAAUAUUCCACAACUCAAACAUAGCGUUGAAUCAACACGCUUUUGGACGACGUUUAAUCAAUGUUGGGUUCUGACAUUGAUUUGACCAUUGAAAUUUGGUCAUUUCCCAACCAAUAUUCCACAACACAAACAACGUUGAAACAACAUGCUUUUGGACGACGUUUAAUCACUGUUGGGUUCUGACGUUGAUUUGACCAUUGAUUUUUGGUCAUUUCCCAACCAAUAUUCAACAACUCAAACCUAAUGUUGAAACAUGCUUUUAGACGACGUUUAAUCAAUGUCAGGUUGUGACGUUGAUUUGACCAUUGGAAUUUGGUCAUUUCCCAACCAAAAUUCUAUAACUCAAACAUAACGUUGAAUCAACACGCUUUUGGGCCACGUUUAAUCAAUGUUGGGUUCUGACAUUGAUUUGACCAUUGAAAUUUGGUCAUUUCCCAACCAAUAUUCCACAACACAAAUACAACAUUGAAACAUGCUUUUUGACGACGUUUAUUCAAUGUUGGGUUGUGACAUUGAUUUGAGACCAUUGAAAUUUGGUCAUUUCCCAACCAAUAUUCCACAACACAGAUACAACAUGCUUUUGGACGACAUUUAUUCAAUGUCAGGUUCUGAUGUUGAUUUGAGACCAUUGAAAUUUGGUCAUUUCCCAACCAAAAUUCUAUAACUCAAACAUAACGUUGAAUCAACACGCUUUUGGACCACGUUUAAUCAAUGUUGGGUUCUGACAUUGAUUUGACCAUUGAAAUUUGGUCAUUUCCCAACCAAUAUUCCACAACACAAAUACAACAUUGAAACAUGCUUUUUGACGACGUUUAUUCAAUGUUGGGUUGUGACAUUGAUUUGAGACCAUUGAAAUUUGGUCAUUUCCCAACCAAUAUUCCACAACACAGAUACAACAUGCUUUUGGACGACGUUUAUUCAAUGUCAGGUUCUGAUGUUGAUUUGAGACCAUUGAAAUUUGGUCAUUUCCCAUUGGGAAAUUCCCAACCAACAUCCAACGCUAGACAUCAUCAUUGUCUCCUUUGACACAUGCAACUAUUUUUCAACGUUGUUUCAAAGUCAGUUUUAAAAAGGGCAUACACGUAUAAUCAACGUUGUAUCAAUGUCCUGUGCCUGCUGGGCAGGCUGGAUCAGAAUCUUACUACCAAAAAAUAAAUAAAUGGUAUAUUGCAUGGUGUCUUUUGCUUUUGGUUUCAUUUAAUGACUGACACCUUUCCAAUGUGCAACCUAAAAUGUUGAUGGGAGGAAACUAUUGUGCAAUAUUCCCAUCACUAUACUGUAUGUGUAUAUAUAUAUGUACUGUAUGUAGAGAGAUUAUAUACAGUAUUUGGUAUAUGAUUCCUCUCAUGUAUGUUCUCUUGCAUAUCAUUCUCAAAUAAAACACUCAUUUGAAUUUUGUGACUCCUAACUUUUAUUUACAAGCAAAUUAAUUUUGUUUUAAACUCUUUGACAUAUUCCACAUUAGGGCUGCAACAACUAGACAU